GCAGCAAUGCUGGGCUGCACAGGUGGGUGGGCACAGGUGGGUGGCACUUCUGGGCACAGGUGGGUGACACUGCAGAGUGGCACAGGUGGGUGCAUUGCUGGGCACAGGUGGGUGCAUUGCUGGGCACAGGUGGGCGGAGCUAGUGGGCGCACUGCUGGGUACAGGUGGGCGGAACUUGCGGGUGGCACUGCUGGGCACCGAUCAUCAGUGUCCUGAUGAUCGGUGCCGAUCCCCGCUGUGACAACUGCCGGUUCUCGGCACGUGUCAUUGGACACCGCUGAUCACGUGGUAAAAGGCCGCUGGGAUCGGC